AUGGCGAGGGCAUUCUUACCCUCCGGCCUCGUGGCGGUGGUCGCGCUCGCGUGCCUCGCCGACGCCGCGACCGCGCAGCUGCGGCGGAACUACUACGCCAGCAGCUGCCCCAGCGCCGAGUCCACCGUGCGCUCCGUCAUCUCGCAGCACGUCCAGCAGAGCUUCGCCGUCGCGCCCGGCACGCUCCGCCUCUUCUUCCACGACUGCUUCGUCCGGGGGUGCGACGCAUCGGUGAUGCUGAUGGCGGCGAACGGGGACGACGAGAGCCACAGCGGCGCGGAUGCCACGCUGUCGCCCGACGCCGUAGAGGCCAUCAACAAGGCCAAGGCCGCCGUCGAGGCGCUCCCCGGGUGCGCCGGCAAGGUCUCCUGCGCCGACAUCCUCGCCAUGGCCGCGCGCGACGUCGUCUCCCUGACCGGCGGGCCGAGCUACGGCGUGGAGCUGGGCCGCCUGGACGGCAGGUCGUUCAGCAAGUCCAUCGUGAAGCACGUCCUCCCGGGCCCCGGCUUCGACCUCAACCAGCUCAACGCGCUCUUCGCCAGCAACGGCCUCACCCAGUUCGACAUGAUCGCGCUCUCCGGCGCGCACACGAUCGGGGUGACGCACUGCGACAAGUUCGUGCGUCGGAUCUACACGUUCAAGCAGCGGCUGCGGUACAACCCGCCGAUGAACCUAGACUUUUUGCGGUCGCUGCGCAAGGUGUGCCCCAUGAACUACCCGCCCACGGCGUUCGCCAUGCUGGACGUGACCACGCCCAAGACCUUCGACAACGCCUACUUCGACAACCUCCGGUACCAGAAGGGCCUGCUCGCCUCCGACCAGGUGCUUUUCACCGACCGCCGCUCCCGCCCCACCGUCAACCUCUUCGCCGCCAACUCCUCCGCCUUCUUCGACGCCUUCGUCGCCGCCAUGGCCAAGCUCGGCCGGAUCGGGGUCAAGACCGGCAGCGCCGGCGAGGUGCGCCGGGUCUGCACCGCCGUCAACUAG